AUGGUCAUGGACGGAGUUUUCAACGCGCCUUUGCCUCUGAUUGGCAGCCAUGAAGGGGCCGGAACAGUUACGGCUGUUGGAUCGGCAGUCGAGAAUUUCAGUAUUGGCGAUAGGGUUAUGGCUCAUGUAAGACGCAACACUUGUGGCGAAUGUUCUGAAUGUUUGGGCCCCGACGUCUGGAAGUACUGUUGCACAGCUCCUCGUGAUAGUCUAGGCAUCACCACGGACGGGGCCUUUGCAGAAUAUCUUGUUGCGGACUCACGUUGGUCUGUCAAGCUCCCCAAAGGCUUUCCGUUCACUGUGGCGGCUCCGCUAGCAUGCGCUGGCGCCACCAGCUUCCGUGCAGUCAAAAUGGCCGGUCUCGAGAGAGGACAGUGGCUUGCGAUCGUGGGCUCGGGAGGAGGCCUUGGGCAUCUGAGCAUACAUUUUGCGAAGCACAGAGGCCUCAAUGUGAUUGGCAUCGAUGCUCGCGAUGCAGGCUUGGCAUUGUCCUUACGCAGUGGUGCCGAUCAUGUUCUGGACGCCCGGAAAGGCAAGGACAGGAUAGUGAAUCAAGUGCAGAGCUUGACCAAGGGCAGAGGCGUUGACGCUACCAUCAAUCUUUCCGAUGCAGGCAGUGCAGCAUCCAUGUCCUGCGCAAUCACGCGAAUACACGGGACUGUUUGGCAGGUCGCCCAGCCCCGAGACGUCGCUGUCCCAUACCAAGAGCUUGUGCUCAGGGACAUUCGCUUACGAGGGUCUGUCAUUUGCUCGCCCAUGGACGCCCAGGAGAUGAUAGCGACAGUAGCCGGGAUGGGUGGCGACAUAGUAGCCGUGAGGACGUACGUGGGGCUCGAAAGUCUUCCUAAGCUCCUUCAAGAUGUAAGAGCGCAUGAUGCAGUCGGCAAGGCUAUAAUCGUAGUGGACAGAGCGCAAGUAACGCAAGCGUAA